GAUGGUCCUGAGUUACCGGUAGCUACACGGCAUCAUCAUGAAGGUACUUGCAGUCAUAUCCCUCCUCUGUUUCGUGUCUCUAGGGUAUUGCCAGCAGGGUAAUUUGGUGGAGCUUGCGGAACAGCUUGGGGCCAAGACUCUGGUAGACCUAGUCAAGGAGGCCGGUCUUGCCGAAACCCUUUCAACCGGAGGUCCCUUCACUAUCUUCGGUCCCACCGAUGAUGCUUUCACCAAGUUGCCACGCGUCAUUAUUAAUUACCUAAAGAAGAACAAGACAGCGCUACAGGAUGUCCUAAAAUAUCACGUGGUCAGUGGAAAGGUGUACUCCUCUCAGCUGUCCAACGAACUCCAGGCUGCCUCUUUGUUGACUCCAGCCAAGAUUAGGAUCAACAUUUACCAGGGCGGCAAGGGGGUGACUGCCGAUGGCUCGCCAAUUGUGAAGGUUGACCAAAACGCCACAAACGGUGUGAUCCACGUAGUAGACCGAGGAAUGUUUCCCAUCCCGAUCGAGUCUAUGGUGGACAUGGUGAAGGCCGAUCGUAACCUCAAAACCCUUCUCGCUGCCGUUACUGCCGCCGGUAUAGGUGGCGCUCUCGGUGCCGACGGUCUGACCCUCUUUGCUCCGACAGACAAAGCCUUCGCCAAGCUUCCAGCCGGCACACUGGAUAACCUACUGAAGAACAAGACCGCUUUGACCGAGGUACUGACGUACCAUGUUGUCAAGGGAACAGCCUUCAGCGCAAGUCUGACUGACGGAGAGAAGGUCGCCACUCUGGAGGGCAAGGACCUCUCCAUCUCCCUGGAUAAUGGUAUGGUAAAGGUAGAUAACGCUAUGGUUAUCCGUCCUGAUGACGCCGUUACCAACGGAGUUAUCCACAUCAUCGACAGCGUCCUUCUUCCGCCACAGUACAGACGUCACUUCCGGCUCAAUAAUCUACACGGCGUCAUCAUGAAGGUACUUGCAGUCAUCUCCCUCCUCUGUUUCGUGUCUCUAGGGUAUUGCCAGCAGGGUAAUUUGGUGGAGCUUGCGGAACAGCUUGGCGCCAAGACUCUGGUAGCCCUAGUCAAGGAGGCUGGUCUUGCCGAAACCCUUUCAACCGGAGGUCCCUUCACUAUCUUCGGUCCAACCGAUGAUGCUUUCACCAAGUUGCCACGCGUCAUUAUUAAUUACCUAAAGAAGAACAAGACAGCGCUACAGGAUGUCCUAAAAUAUCACGUGGUCAGUGAAAAGGUGUACUCCUCUCAGCUGUCCAACGAACUCCAGGCUGCCUCUUUGUUGACUCCAGCCAAGAUUAGGAUCAACAUUUACCAGGGCGGCAAGGUGGUGACUGCCGAUGGCUCGCCAAUUGUGAAGGUUGACCAAAACGCCACAAACGGUGUGAUCCACGUAGUAGACCGUGUAAUGUUUCCCAUCCCGAUCGAGUCUAUGGUGGACAUGGUGAAGGCCGAUCGUCAGCUUAAAACCCUUCUCGCUGCCGUUACUGCCGCCGGUAUAGGUGGCGCUCUCGGUGCCGACGGUCUGACCCUCUUUGCUCCGACAGACAAAGCCUUCGCCAAGCUUCCAGCCGGCACACUGGACAACCUACUGAAGAACAAGACCGCUUUGACCGAGGUACUGACGUACCAUGUUGUCAAGGGAACAGCCUUCAGCGCAAGUCUGACUGACGGAGAGAAGGUCGCCACUCUGGAGGGCAAGGACCUCUCCAUCUCCUUGGAUAAUGGUAUGGUAAAGGUAGAUAACGCUAUGGUUAUCCGUCCUGAUGACGCCGUUACCAACGGAGUUAUCCACAUCAUCGACAGCGUCCUUCUUCCGCCACAGUACAGACGUCACUUCCGGCUCAAUAAUUGAACAUUACUCCAAUCAUAAA